CUUCUACCCCCACAGUCCCUCCUGCUCCCCCAGCUACCGUUGUGUCCUGCCUGGCUGCCCAGUGUCUGCAACACUGCUCCCCGCUCUGCCCGCUCCUUCCCCGGACCCGAAGCCCGCCUCGCACCGCCCCGGCUACCGAACUCCCAGUGAAUGCACUAGCCAGCAACCAUGACAGGCAUCGCCGCCGCGUCUUUCUUCUCCAACUCCUGCAGGUUCGGGGGUUGUGGGCUCCAGUUCGAGUCUCUGGCCGAGCUAAUCGUCCACAUCGAGGACAAUCACAUCGACACAGAUCCUCGUGUUCUGGAGAAACAGGAGCAACAACAGCCCACCUACCUGGCCCUGAGCUACAUCAACAGGUUUAUGACGGACGCGGCACGUCGGGAGCAGGAGACCCUGAAGAAGAAGGCCACACCCAAACUUUCCCUGUCAAUCACAGGUGGCGUGUCUCGGAACAGCGUGGCCACACCUCCACGGCACAGCAACGGCAACCUGACUCCCCCCGUGACUCCUCCCAUCACACCCUCCUCCUCCUUCCGUAGCAGCACGCCCACAGGCAGUGAGUAUGAUGAUGAGGAGGUGGACUAUGAGGAGUCAGACAGUGAUGAGUCCUGGACCACAGAGAGUGCCAUCAGCUCAGAGUCUAUCCUCAGCUCCAUGUGUAUGAAUGGAGGGGAGGAGAAACCCUUCGCCUGCCCUGUGCCUGGCUGCAAGAAGAGAUACAAGAAUGUGAACGGUAUUAAAUACCAUGCCAAGAACGGCCACCGGACACAGAUCCGUGUGCGGAAGCCCUUCAAGUGCCGCUGUGGGAAGAGCUACAAGACGUCCCAGGGCCUGAGACACCACACCAUCAACUUCCACCCGCCCGUCUCUGCCGACAUCAUCCGCAAGAUGCAGGGCUAGAGAGCCCCCCCCCAAACAUUUCCCUAUUCCUCACCAGCACUCCCAACCCAACCACCCCACACUUUUUCAAUGUUAAUAUCCAACCCACCUUGACCAACCAACCAAAACAUAUCCCUAUCCCUUCUGGCCCAACCUUAGGGGUGACAACCCAAACCCCUAUCCCUUCUAGCCCAACCUUAGGGGUGACAACCCAAACCCCUAUCCCUUCUGGCCCAACCUUAGGGGUGACAACCCAAACCCCUAUCCCUUCUAGCCCAACCUUAGGGGUGACAACCUAAACCCCUAUCCCUUCUAGCCCAACCUUAGGGGUGACAACCCAAAACCCUAUCCCUUCUAGCCCAACCUUGAGGGUGACAACCUAAACCCCUAUCCCUUCUAGCCCAACCUUAGGGGUGACAACCCAAACCCCUAUCCCUUCUAGCCCAACCUUAGGGGUGACAACCCAAACCCCUAUCCCUUCUAGCCCAACCUUAGGGGUGACAACCUAAACCCCUAUCCCUUCUAGCCCAACCUUAGGGGUGACAACCCAAACCCCUAUCCCUUCUGGCCCAACCUUAGGGGUGACAACCCAAACCCCUAUCCCUUCUGGCCCAACCUUAGGGGUGACAACCCAAACCUCUAUCCCUUCUAGCCCAACCUUAGGGGUGACAACCUAAACCCCUAUCCCUUCUGGCCCAACCUUAGGGGUGACAACCCAAACCCCUAUCCCUUCUGGCCCAACCUUAGGGGUGACAACCCAAAUCCCUAUCCCUUUUAGCCCAACCUUAGGGGUGACAACCUAAACCCCUAUCCCUUCUAGCCCAACCUUAGGGGUGACAACCCAAACCCCUAUCCCUUCCUCCCACACACUAAAGGAUCUAGUGCAUGCUUUAACUUGUUUAUGUCUUGUAUUAUGUUCUUUGGGUUUCACAUGUUACUCUAUCUCUUGUUAUUUUAAUAACAUGCAUCUUUAUAGGCUUUUUUGUUUGUACAUUUGCACAUUCUUACGCUAUCCCAACUAUUUCCGUGACUUUUUGUAUUGACAUACGGUGCUAACAAAACGAAAACAAAGAAAAGAAAAAGAAAGAAAAAACAAAACAGAAGAAGAAGAGAGGAGUAAUGUAAAAGAGAAGGAAGGUGUGGAGUUGGAUUAUACAGUCUAUAUAUAGAUAUAUAAACAAUAGAUGUGUGUAUAUAUACAAAUAUAAGUAUUCAUCAGCAUAUAUACUAAGUAGUUCCACUUUAUUUUCAAGCUUUAUUUUUUUAUUCUUUUUCAAUAUAUUUUCCAGAUAUUAGUUUCUUUUGAUAUUUCAUCAAUAAGUGUUAUUUUUUUUUUCAUUCCUCAACCCCGAGACAACCUGUCCUGUUGUCAUAGGUCAAACUUUAAACAGCUAGGUGACCUCAGGUCUAGAUAUUCCCAGCAGCAAAAACAAAGAGACUAUGGCUUUAAUCCUAACUUCAGAUCUGCGUCCCUAAAUACAUUUUGCACAGAUUUCAUGUUAGUGUUCAGCCCAUAUAGAGAAACAAAGAAACUAUUGCAUUUCUUCAUUCCCUCUGUUCUAGGACUUCGCCCCAAUGAUUUCGGAAUGGAUUGUGCAUCCUGUAUUCCAAAGGUUAUUCCAGACUGUAGUGUGAGCAGACCAGAUGAGGCAUCAUCCUGUAUUCUAGGUUAUUCCAGACUGUAGUGUGAGCAGACCAGAUGAGGCAUCAUCCUGUAUUCUAGGUUAUUCCAGACUGUAGUGUGAGCAGACCAGAUGAGGCAUCAUCCUGUAUUCUAGGUUAUUCCAGACUGUAGUGUGAGCAGACCAGAUGAGGCAUCAUCCUGUAUUCUAGGUUAUUCCAGACUGUAGUGUGAGCAGACCAGUUGAGGCAUCAUGCUCUAUUCUAUUCUAGUUGCCAAGUAUUGUUUCUGGUUACUUUUCCAUGAUCAUUGCCAACAGCUCUCUACUGCCAAACAUUUACAUUACCAUGUGCCUGAGGGGGGAGGGGGGAGAGAGACUGUCAUACGGUUUCAUCAAAGAGGUGCGCAAACGUGUCAAGAGAACACGGGUCUCAUUGCGCCUCCAGUGUGUAUGUGUGUGACUGUGUAUGUGUGUGAGUGUCGAUGGUAUGUUUUGUUUUUGUGCAUGUGUUUGUCUUAAAGGGUGUAUCUCCAGAGAUUACACCUACAAACGUUGGUUGCCUUGCGUUGUAGACUACAGCAUUCCAGUACAGUCUGUUGCUUCUUAGCCAAGUCUUUCUGCAGUAUCUGAGCUUUUCAGCCUCUUGUGUUAUUAUUCCGCCUUCUCUGUUACAGUCCUCCAUAGUGUUAUAAUAUACAGCUGUCUCAAAUGACACCCUAUUUUUGUAUACGGGGAAUAGUGACAUUUUAGAUGAGUUCUGUGUUCUAAAUGACACCCUAUUCCAUAAAGUGCACUACCUUUGGGCCCUGGUUAACAGUGGUGCACUGUAUAGGGAAUGCCAUUUGGGAUGCAGAUAGUGUCAUAACAAGGACCUUGCCCAUAGCCUCCUGCUUUACAGAAGCAGUCUGAUAUUGUGUCAAGGUAAGCAUGUUCUGGCCUAUUUGUGAUACCAUGCCUUCAGAGUGGUGUAGUGUCAAAAAGUGGUGCCCGUUGGCAAAAUGUUACCCCGUGCCAGGCCCGAAAACAUUUCUAACCUGUUGUUCUGUGAUAAUGGUCUGAGUCUGAUGGUACCCCAACACACACGCUUGACGGUUGCCAUAACAACCCUAGGUGUGGCAAAGUGCACCUGUAUUCACAAAGCGUCUCAGAGGAAGUGCCUCGCUAAAAACAGAAUCCUUCGAAACCAUAAUGAAUACGAGCGGGCACCUGAUUCUAGAACACCACUCCUACGUGAAUACAGGCCCAGCAUACAACACAGACAAAAAUGUCAGUGAAAGAGGAAGGUAGCAUUGUUUUUGAUUGUGGCUGUACAGAAUGCAUUCCGGAGUCUCUGUGCCAGGUUUUCCUUACUUGGAAGCCUUGGCUCCAGCGCAUUUUAGCAAGGGAUCAGAGAGGGAGUUCGACAGUUCGGGAUCUGUCAAACACUUGUAAACCUGUCCUCUCCCCGCAGAGAUGCAGGUCACUAUGGUCACAGUUUAACAGGGAGCCUGACGGUAUUACACAGCGGGGAUGUGAGGAGUACAGUACAAGCGUGUGUGAGGGGGACUAUUCCGAUAUACUGUGUACAGUGAAUGUAUUGUAAUGUGUGUCAAGUGCAUUUAAAUUAUAUUUUCGUAUGUUAAGUGGAGAACAAUGUUUCCUAUUUGUACGGAGGCAACAGAGGGUGUGAGGGAGGAGACCUGUGUACUAUAUCAAACUGUUUUUACAUAAGCUGCUGCUUCAUAAAUGUGAACACUAUUACAUUACAAAAUAAAGAGAACGUUAGCCAGAA